UUAGGUUAUGUUGCCCUUGCCUUGCAAAUGCACAGUUUUCAUGCCUAGCCGAAACCCGAAACAGUAGAUACGGAUAGUAGACACGGAUUUAUUUUAACUUUUAGGAUCUGUGAUUUAUUUGGGAUUACUACUAGGUCUCGAAGUGAUAUUGAUAGCUAUUUUUUAUCCUUGUAAGUUAUCUCCUCCUCCUUCACUUGCAGCGAACAUGACUCUUUGGGUUGAUAAGUAUAGGCCGAAUUCGUUGCUCAAACUUGAUUAUCAUAAAAGUCAAGCCACGCAGCUGAAGAACCUUGUUCAGCAGGGUGACUUCCCUCAUCUUCUUUUUUAUGGACCCUCUGGAGCAGGCAAGAAAACCAGAAUCAUGGCUCUUCUUCGUGAACUAUAUGGAUCAGGCGUUGAAAGACUAAGAAUGGAGCACAUGAAUUUUACAACUCCAUCAAACAAAAAAAUUGAAGUUAUGACAGUAGCAAGUAAUUAUCACAUAGAGGUCAAUCCUAGUGAUGCGGGGAUUUAUGAUCGAAUCGUAGUAAUGGAGUUAAUUAAAAAUGCUGCUGCCACACAUCAAUUAGAUUCAUCUGGUCAAAGAGAUUUCAAAGUGAUACUUCUAACAGAAGUUGACCGUUUAUCAAAAGAUGCCCAACAUGCACUCAGGCGAACUAUGGAAAAGUAUGUAGCUACGUGUCGUUUAAUUCUGUGUGCCAACUCAACUUCUCAAGUCAUACCUGCCAUUCGGAGUAGGUGUUUGAGUAUCCGAGUUUCGGCUCCCACUAAACCUGAAAUCACUUCAAUUUUAUUUAAUAUUUGUCGAAAGGAAGGACUGCAACUACCUGAAGAUUUAGCUGGUAGAAUAGCUGAUAAAUGUGAUCGUAAUUUAAGGAGAGCCAUUUUAAUGUGUGAAGCUUGCAAAGUGAAGCAGUAUCCUUUUACAUCAAAUCAACCUAUUGUUGAACCUGAUUGGCUAACCUUUAUUCAGGAUACAGCCAGAUCAAUCCUCAGUGAACAAUCUCCAAAAAAACUGUUAGAAGUCAGAGCAAAGUUAUAUGAGAUGCUAGUUCAUGGAAUUCCCACGGAUUUAAUUUUUAAGUUUCUUCUGAGGGACCUUGCAAAAAGUUGUGAUAUGACCAUUAAAACUGAAGUCACAGAACUAGCUGCCAAGUAUGAGCAUCAAGUACACAAAGGCUCGAAGGACAUCUUUCACUUGGAAGCAUUCGUUGCGAGAUUUAUGUCAGUUUAUCUAAAAUUCAUGGAAGAAUCAGUGCGCGGAAUGAUAUAAGUUUAUACAUCAAUUGAAGUAUUUAAAUGACAAUCUGGUGGUUUUGUUUGUUAAACCUAGUUCAAUUGACCUACGGAGAAUCUCUGACCAUCAACUGAGAUAAGGUCUUUUUGUCAAGAAUCAUUGAUGAUUCGCACUCGAGUUGUUAUGAUGCAUUUUUCGAAAUCUUAGCUCUUCGCCUCAUUGGAUUGUAAUUAAUUUAUUUUCUCAACCCUCUCCUUUUAUAAAAAAGUAUUCUUAAAAUAUGAUGUAAUAAUUUUUUAAUUUUUCAUUAAAAAAGAAACUAAGUACACUUCUGAACCUAUAA